UAAAAAGUAAGCAAAAAAACAAAAAGAAAAAAAAAAACAAUUUCCCCUAUUUUUUAGAGGACCGUUGAACAUCCAGAUAACGGCUAGUUUCUCAACUUCAUCUCUUUCCCCCAUUUCAAUCUCCCCCCUUUCACUGCCUUUGAAACUCUAAAUUGGAAAUUCGAUUUCUAGGGUUUUAUCCAGUCGAUUCAAUUUCCCCAAUUAUACCCCUCGAAAUUCCUCAAUUACAAAUGAGUCCAUCAACAAUGUCGUCGGAAAACCCUAAACCCCCAACAUCAUCCGAAACUUCAACUCCAAUGCCGAUAAAUCCCCAACAACCUCGACGAUCUCGACCUAGGGUUCGCGAAGUGAGCUCGAGAUUCAUGUCACCGGCGGCAAAACCUCCGACAAACAACCUAAGGCAAAUCCCUUCAACCCCGUCGGAAUCUCACAUUUCAAAAAAUCACUCUCUCCGACGAUCGAACACAGAUUUCCGACCUUCGCAGUCGAGGUACAACGACGAGAACCGACCCGAUUCCUUGAACCGGAGCUCCCUUAGCCCGGUACGGAACCCAUCCAAACCCAGAGCUGUUGUUAAGCUUUUUAAGGAAGGUUCUAGAGCUGAUACUCCGGUACCGGUGGCGCCGAGGUUGAUCCGGCAGCGGAGUUGGGAUUCCGCCGCCUCGAAGUUGUUACAAGCGAAUGGGAUUUCCUCUGAAGAGGAUUGUGAUGAUGGUGGUUGUUCUGUUAAUGGGGAUUGUGAGUCAGUGAAAUCGGAACCAGUUGAUAACAAUUAUCAAAGAGUUUCCACGCCAUUUUCUAGAUCAAUGGAGUUUUCAUUUUCCAGCCAUGAUCAUCAUCAUCAUCAACAGCAACAACAACAAAUGGGUGUAUUACAUUCUGUUAAGGGUGGGAGCAAUAAGGUGGCGCGUAGCCUUAACCUUCCUCCGAUGGCUCCUUCACUUGGGUGUUUGAGGCCGCAGGGGACGGUGGAGGGGAAGAAGGCGGCCGUGAAGAAGGGCGGUUCUUACCAGCAAGAUGAUUCUCAGAAGCUAAAGAUGCUUCAUAAUCAUUAUCUUCAAUACAGGUUUGCUAAUGCUAAGGCUGAGGCAUGCUUGAGUUCACAGAAAAAGCAGAGUGAGAAACUACUUUAUUCAAUGGGAGUAAAGAUAUCAGAGUUGCAGGAUUCUGUGAAAAGCAAGCGUGUCGAAGUUCGACUUCUGAAAGAAGCAAAGAUUCUAUCUACAAUUCUUGACACUCAGAUUCCCUAUUUGGAUGAAUGGUCUGCUUUAGAAGAAGCUUACUCUUCUUCAUUGCUAGAAUUAACUCAAGGUUUGCAAAAUAUAUCAUCCCGACUUCCACUAAAUGGUAAUGUAAAGGUUAAUGUAAAAGAGAUAAACGAAGCGAUGAAUUCAGCCUUGAAAGUGGCGGAAAGCAUCUGUUUGCAAGUGCAAGGCUUCGUACCCAAGGCAGAGCAAGUGGAUGUUCUAGUUUCUGACUUGGCUAGAGUGCAUAGUGGAGAAGUUACACUUGUUCAAGAGUGCGGUGAUUUAUUAUGCAGGGCGCAUUUAUCACAGAUAGAGGAGUGCAGCCUAAGAGGACAAGUAAUGCAGUUUCAAAAAUGCAGUCUUACUUAACCACACUAUAGAAGAUGAAGAUCAAACCCUAACAUGGCCGUCUUAGCUCACACGCCACCAUACUCAAUGGUCAGUUUGAUAUGUUGGUCAUCUGAUGAUGAAACAAGACAACAACUCAGGUUCAGGAGGCCACAACAGUUAAGGCUCUCCUUCUUCUUCUUCUACUACUGUAUGUAAUCAUUCUUCCUCAUUCUUUUGCAAGCGAGAAUUUUUGGGAAAAGCUGUUGAUAGAGAAAAUAGGUGCAUCAGUUUCCACCAGAAUAUAAUUCCUUCGGUUGUUGCACGCUUGCACCAAAUCUGUACAGUGUAAUUCUAUCAUUUGAUACAAGCAGAAAAUGUCCAGGAAAUAAUCCAUUCUGCCUUACUAGGCAAUUGGUUGAUCAAUACAUGUCUUACUUUUCUGUAUUUAGUCUGUAUUUGUUGAUCAGUACAUGUCUUUUACUAGUCUGUAUUCUGCUUGAUUUGUUGACCAAUCUGUAGAUCUACUUAUCCCCCUUUUUCUGCUUGA